GUAACACAGAUACCAUCUUCUGUCCUGCCUCUAAAACUUAAAUACCGGUGACCCAAAGUCUCCAUUGAAACGGAUUGAGACCCGCGGGUUGUGAAACCUACUGAAGUGAGCGGCUGUGCCAGGACUCCUGGGACCCCGACCUCUUUGCAGCUCGCACCGCUAACCGCGAGGGCGCCCUUCAGCAGAAGCAGCCCACCGCAGACACGCCGAGGGAGGAAGGCUGCCGGCGUCGGGGCUUGGGAACUGGCCGGCACCCAGGCCGAAAAGCACGUGGGCUGAGCGGGAGCGGAGAAGAGUGCGCAGGUCAGAGAGCGGCGCGCGGCGCGGUUCCGCGAGGUCCCCACGCCCGGCGACAUGGGGUGCCUGCUGUUUCUGCUGCUCUGGGCGCUCCUCCAGGCUUGGGGAAGCGCUGAAGUCCCGCAAAGGCUUUUCCCCCUCCGCUGCCUUCAGAUCUCCUCGUUCGCCAACAGCAGUUGGACGCGCACCGACGGGUUGGCGUGGCUGGGGGAGCUUCAGACGCACAGCUGGAGGAACGGCUCGGACACCAUCCGCUCCCUGAAGCCCUGGUCCCAGGGCACGUUCAGCGACCGGGAGUGGAAGACGCUGCAACAGUUAUUUCGGGUCUAUCGAGACAGCUUCACCAGGGACGUGAAGGAAUUCGCCAAAAUGCUGCGCUUAGCCUGUGAGCUGAGGGAUAGGAUCCUGGGCCGGAACCCAAGGGGAGAGAAUGGCUACAGCAGCUAAACUGGGAGACUGUGGCUCCACCUGACGAGACUCUCUGCUCUGUCCACCCUCUUCUGAUUUCCCUUCUACCAGGGGAGAUGUCCCAGCCUCUGACUCUUCAAAGUGUCCCUCGUUCCUGCCUACUCCAGAUCCCAUGGAGGUCCAGGUGUCUGCUGGCUGUGAGGUGGACCCUGGGAACGCCUCGAAUAACUUCUUCCAUAUAGCAUUUCAAGGAAGACAUAUCCUGAGUUUCCAAGGAUCUUCUUGGGAGCUAGCCCAAGAGGCCCCAGAUGUGGCAAACUCGGUCAUUCGAGUGCUCAACCAGCACCAAGGGACGAAGGAAACAGUGCACUGGCUCCUUAAUGACAUCUGCCCCCAAUAUGUCAGUGGCCUCCUUGAGUCAGGGAAGGCAGAACUGGAGAAGCAAGUGAAGCCCAAGGCCUGGCUGUCCCAUGGUCCCAGUCCUGGCCCUGGCCAUCUGCUGCUGGUGUGCCAUGUCUCAGGAUUCUACCCAAAGCCUGUGUGGGUAAUGUGGAUGCGGGGUGAGCAGGAGCAGCCAGGCACUCAGCAAGGAGACGUCCUGCCCAAUGCUGAUGAGACAUGGUAUCUCCAAGCAACCCUGGAGGUGCCCGCUGGGGAAGCAGCUGACCUGUCCUGUCGGGUGAAGCACAGCAGUCUAGAGGGCCAGGACAUUGUCCUCUACUGGGGUGGGAGCCGUGCCUCCGUGGGCUUGAUUGUCUUGGCCAUCCUGGCGUGCCUGCUGUUCCUCCUUGCGCUCGUCAUAGGCGUUACCUUCUGGUUUAAGAGGCUGCCUUCCUAUCAGGGCAUCCUGUGACUCGGCUUGCCACAUCUGUGUCUCUGAAACCCAGGACCUCUGGACCUCAGAUUCCCAGGACUUCAGUCCCGGUUUGCUCAGGAAUUGAAGAUGGAAGGAGAGAUACCUUGAAAAUGCAGAGAGCAGUCAUAAGGCAGCUCUCAUCACACCCUUUCAACCUUUAUCUAAAAGAAUUUAAAUUCUUUUUUUUUUUUUUUUUUGAGAUGGAGUUUCGCUGUUGUUACCCAGACUGAAGUGCAAUGGCACGAUCUCAGCUCACCGCAACCUCUGCCUUCUGGGUUCAAGCAAUUCUCCCGUCUCAGCCUCCCGAGUAGCUGGGACUACAGGCGCGCGCCACCAUGCCCACCUAAUUUUUGUAUUUUUAGUAGAGACGGGGUUUCACCUUGUUGACUAGGAUGGUCUCGAUCUUUUGACCUCGUGAUCCACCCGCCUUGGCCUCCCAAAGUGCUGGGGUUAGAGGCGUGAGCCACCACAGCCGGCCUAAGAAUUUAAAUUCUUCAAAAAAAAAAAUUACACUACAAGUUUAUAAGCCAAGCGGCUCUAUAAAAUCAGAAGUGUAGACACAUGCAAACUUGUAUCUGAAGACCUGCCAGGGACAAGCAGGUGAGGGCUGGGGUGUGAGCGUGUGUGAUGGGAUCUGCCAUGAACUGGAACGCACAUGUCCUAUCCAGAGGAAUCAGCUGCCGCUGCUUGUUGUUAAGUAUAAAGUCAGGACCUGGCCUGGUUUUAGCCAGUUUUCAAGAAAACUGGAAAUCUGGAUUUUCAUGCGAAUAUGCCUGAUUUUAAAAGGUUGACUCAAAUUUUUUCAAAAUACUAUGUGGGACACCGCAAAUACGUACCUGCUGACUGAUGACAAACCCAGGAGUUUGUGUCUUUUUUAUAAAAAGUUUGCCCUGGAUGUCAUAUUGGCAGUUUGAGGACACAGUUUCUAUUGAAAAUUUGGAUUUCUGACUGAAGAAAGACAUUUUCUCUUUAAAAGAAAAUUAGGUUGUAAGAAACAGAGGGGUCUCAGAUUUUUACUUGGUGUAAUUAAUAAAUGAAGAGAAAUC